AUGGCCACCAAACCCAAACCUCAUGUUGGCGUCAUAGGUGCCGGCCUCUCGGGCCUCCGCUGCGCGGAUAUUCUCCUCCAGAACGGGGCGCAAGUGACCAUCCUCGAAGCGCGGGACCGGAUUGGCGGACGUGUCCAUCAAGAGGAACUGGACGGCCGUUCGGUGGAUCUCGGUCCCAACUGGAUCCAUGGUGCGGGGGCCAAUCCCAUCAUGUCUAUCGCCCAGGCGACACAGACGGAUAUCUAUGAUCCGGAGGGUCGGAACCUCAUCUUCUCGCGUGAUGGGUCUCGGCUCAGUGAAGAGGUGGCCCGUCAGGUGGAAGAAUUCGUGUGGACAACCAUCUCCGAGGCCUUCGAAUAUAGCAGUCAGCAGGGCGAUCUGAUUCCGGCGGAUCGAAGCCUCUACGAUUUCUUCCAAGAGAAGGUGCAGCAGACCGCAUUCUCGGCGGAAGUGCAACAGUACUGCUUGCACGCAUGUCGGCUAUGGGGUGCCUAUGUGGGUGACGGGGCUGAGCGCCAGAGCUUGAGGUUCUUCCGUUUAGAAGAAUGUGUUGAUGGAAGUAAUUACGUCGUGGCAUCAACAUACUCCCGUAUUCUGCAGCAUGUGAGCAAGACCGUGCUGGAAUAUGCCGACAUCCGCCUCAACCAGCCCGUGGUGAAUAUCAACGCUCCCCACCGCGAUGACCAGCAUCCUCAGCAAGUCACCGUGACCAUCGCCUCCGGUGAGACCUACUCCUUCGACGAGGUCGUCGUGACCUGCCCUUUGGGCUGGCUCAAGCGCAACACCGACGCCUUUCAUCCGCCCCUGCCAGUCCGCCUCCUCGACGCCAUUGACAACGUCUCCUACGGCCGCCUCGAGAAAGUCUACGUCUCCUUUCCCCGCGCCUUCUGGCACUCCGACUCCGCAUCUUCCACCCCGCUCUCCUCAGCCCAAUUCCUAGAGCCUGACUACGCACCCCAUCCCCCCGAUAUCCAAUGGAACCAGGAAUGCCUCUCGCUCGCCGCGCUACCACCUCCACACGCCCACCCCACCCUCCUCUUCUAUACCUACGGCUCCUGCGGCUCGCACAUUGUCCACUCAAUUGCUAACCUGUCCCCUACUGACCCACGCUAUGCCGCCCUCCUCACCUCUCUCUUGCACCCCUUCUACUCCCGCCUCCCGGGCUACGACCCCGCCGACCCGGCGUGCAUCCCGUCCGCCAUCCUCGCUACCCGCUGGCAGCUCGAUCCCUACGCCGGCUACGGGUCCUACUGUAAUUUUCAGGUCGGCCUCUCGCACGGCGAUGCGGAUGUCGAGACGCUGCGGGACGGCGCCGGCGCCGGGCCUGCGCGUGGUCUGUGGUUUGCCGGUGAGCAUACCGCGCCGUUUGUGGCGCUGGGCACCACGACAGGUGCGUAUUGGAGUGGCGAGAGGAUUGCAGCGAGGGUGUGCCGGAGAUGGGGGCUGGGCGAGGUCGGGGUUGGGGCUGGGCCGGAUGAUUCUUUGCCUUCGGCCGGACGGAGGUGA